UCCGUUAUUCUGGGCAUGCGCAUUGUGAAAAAUGAACCUCGCUCGUUUCCCUGGUUACCGGUAACAGCCACGUUAGCUUAGCAGGCUACGCUACUCUGGCAUCUGGCUACGUAACCCGUGUUAUUAAGCUGCGUAUAGUUUAUAGAAGCGUGAAAAUACAUUCCAGUUAACGUCAGUACGUGUGGGUUAGGGUUAGGGUGAAAAGUUUUAUUUUUAUUUUUUUCAAAAGAAUUGGUUUAGAGGCCGACUUACGUCCGCUGACACUAGCUAGCAUGCUAAUCUAUUUCUCCGUGCUUUUAUUUAUAGUUCGGUUAUGACAGAUCAAGAGGUCAGGACACUCGCUUAUUCUAAAAGCCCCAAAACAACAAAAAGAACAACAUUUCAGGAUGAACUUCAAGCAGCUGUGUUCGCCAGGACAAGCAAAACAAAAGCAGAACCAUUCUCUAAAGACACGAAUGAAGUUGAGGAUGAAUUGUUGAACAAACUUCUUCAUUCAAGAAAAAAGAGGAUUGAUGCCUUUAAGGCUUCAAAGAAUAAAACCAAGUUGAAAAAUUUUGAUCUUUCAGAUGACGAAGAUAAAGAUAGCAGACCCAAGAAAGUUUCAUUCCUGAAAUCUCAAAAGAAUGGCUCUGACUCCCAAAACCAAACGGCUUCAGAGCAUCAUGAAAACAAGGCAUCAGAGUCCUUCAGUAGUGAGUCAAUAUCCUCAAAGCACUCCACAAACCUCAGUGAACAAAAUUUACAAUCUACAAAUGAGGAAGCUACCGAUUCUCUAAUGACAAGGAAGACUUCAAGUAGGUCGUAUCAAACGUCAGAUGAUUCGCUGACUUUGCCGCUACCAUCUGACGGCAUUGUAGUGGAAGCUCCAGGGCAAGAGAAGGAGAUUGUUGCUGUGGCCGAAACCUCUGACACUCCUCACUCAUCAACAUCUUCCUUCAACAACAAUAUUUCAGCUGAGUGUGUGGCAGAGAGGGAGCCUCCCAAACCCAAACCUCGGCAGAGGACCUUUGGAUUAAAUUCACACACCUCGGAAAAACCUGUUGAAGAAACUGAAACUCAGGAUCCAAACCGACCCCAGACCUCUUCUGUGUCAGUUCUCUGCUCGACGGAUACAUCCAGCCACAAUAAUUGGACAGAUCAAACAAACUCACCUGUCCUCAACAAAUCUUCAUACCAGAGCACACAGUCACAACUGCAGUCCACAUUUGAUUCCGUCUCCAGAGAUGAUGGAAAAGAAACUGAGGAGAACUAUUCUACAUCAUUUGAAGAAUUUAAUGGAUGCUCCAGAGACCUCUCAACUCAACUCUCUUGUGACCCUGAUAACAGUUCGCACUCCAAGAAGACUGCGAGGUCUCAGAGUGUCGGCUCCAAAAAGAUGGAAUCAAAUUAUUUAGGGAAUCUCAAAGUUCUGGACCGUAAAAUCUCCUUACAAGAAUCUCAGCCACAAGCAGCAGAAUCCCUCAGAGCAGCGGUUUACCAGGAAUGGCUUAAAACAAAAAGAGAAACAUUAAGACAAAACGUCCAGCUAAAGAAGAAGGAGAAACUUUUAAAAGAAAAGGAGAAAAUGCAGGAGCAGGAGGCUAAAAGGGAAAGUGCUGUUGCCUCCUUCAAAGCUUGGGAGGAGAAGAAGGCAGAAAACCUCAGAGCCAAAGCAAAAGAAAUGAGCAGGAGGAUUAGAAAAGAACAAAAAGCUACGGAAGACAAAGAAGAAAAAAGACAGUCUGCCAAACAGGUGUUUGAGAAAUGGAAGCAGGAGCAGGAUCACCUGCUGAGAGAAAAGUACAGACAACAGAAAGAUGCUGAAAAUAAGCUCUUGCUGCAGAAACAAGAAAAGAAGGAAGAAAGGAAGAUGGAGAGUAAACUGGCCUUUUCUGACUGGUGUGAAAGGAAGAAAGGUGUUUUCCAUGAAAAACUCAAGAAGGAACGCAAAGAAAUCCAAACGAAAGUAGAAGAGGAGCAGUACAUGAAUGAGGAAAAGGAAAAAAUGGCUUUGGAAAUGUAUGAAAACUGGCUGAAAAGAAAGGAUCUUGAGCAGAAGAGAACAAGAGAAGAAAGACGAGUACGAGAAAUAAUCCAGGACAGUCCUCCCCCGCCAUGGAGCCCCCCGAAUAAAACUGUUCCGUUUAAAAAAUAACAGUAAAUUUGUAACAUAGAACCACCAGAACAUUAGUGUUUUACAUUUAAAGUUUUUUCUUUUUCUGAAAUUUGUUUAAUAAAGAGAGAGAGGUUGUUGUUUUUUUGCCAACUUUUAAAACCAGCAGAACUGUUUAGCAGUUUUAAAUGCUGUAUGAAAUGUUAUUUACAACUUGACAUGAUGUAUUUGUUCAAUAAAUGUGGUUGGUGUUAUUUAUGAUUCAUCAGUGUGACACCUCAAGUUUCAACACUGAAAAUAAAUAAAUAUUUACAACUCAAACACAUAAA